AUGAACGGGGACGACGACGCGAAGCGCUCAGGGAAGCGGUUACCGGAUCAACCCGCAAAGACACAGCGUACCAAAGGUCCCGUCUCCUUCCCUUCCACAGUCUCGCUUGCUAGUUUAUGUGAAGAGGGCGCUACUGCGUCAUCAAAUCUGGACCUGCUUGCGUCCUGCUCGAGCGUUCAGGGCUCAGAGGACUGCGACUGCGAAGGACACCAGCCGGAGUCAGAACGCCGCUUGAAGAGGCCUCGCCAGGCUCCUUGGGCAGCGGAGCCAGCGAACCAGCGCCGGCCACCGUUCGAUCACGGCAACUCUGAAUCUAUACCACCAGCCGGUGUGCAGUCGCAGGGGACUUCGGCAAGCAACGGAACUGAUUCCUCGGAGCGCAAGUCGACGGAAGCAACCUGGAGUAGGCAGUCCGUCGACUGCAGCACCGCGGAGAAGCUCGCUGGAAACCUGUGUGCAAACCAAGUGAGCGCUGAGCGCAGCGGCCAAUUCUAUACGAAAGUGAAUGAGCUUCUCCAUGAUUUACACAAGGAAAGAGUCAGCCGACAAUGCCGCUCGCCCCAUGAAUCCUAA